UGGAAAAGUCGAAGAGAUAACGGUGAAAGAGAUAUGGAAGCAUAUACAACUUGGAUUGAGUACAAUAACGCCGUGAUAUAUGUACCUUUCUGAGCACCAAUACCUGAGUACCGGUACCUCCCUAUAUGGCCACGAUACGGAACCAGUUUGUCCUUUGGACGGCAGCGCCCCUUUGGGAAGUGGAGCUAUGCCAUUUUGGUGAUAUACUAGCCGCCGAGAGCCACCAAAGCCGCCUUGCUAUCAGCGUUGCCCUCGCCGUGGUCCAGUUAUUGAUCACACUGAUGCCCUAUCAGCCUGGCCCAAUGCCCAAAAGGGUUCACCCAUCCUCCAAAGAUUGAAGAUCACGCCCUAGGACGCUGCCUGUCCAGAAAAGGCGAAUCCUUGAUUGUACGGGACCAUAUUUCUGGAAUCUCUUCAUCAUUGAAAGGUGAGCAGCUCAGCACAACUGUUUGCGGCCAUCUCCACCUUCACAAUAACGGCUUUGUCCGAGAACAGAAAUAUGAGCCGCAGAUAAGAACCGCACAUCAAGAUGAAGGAUACCGCUAUCGUCUACGUGAAACCAAACAUGGUUAUACAAUACAACAAAUCCGGUUCCUCGGCGGUUUGACAGAGGCCGGCCUUUAUUUAUGGUUCGACCGCAGCGCGAGAGAGGUGCUUGUUUGACGUGUAAGCGGAGGUAGGUGCAGCUGACAUGCGAUGAACCCGUCCUCGCGUACGUACAACAACUGAACUUUUCUGCAAUUGGACAGGAAGAAGAAAUGUGAUCUGGGAAGACCUUCAUGCAAGAAUUGCGACCGCCUGAACAUUUCAUGCGGAGGAUAUAGGCCACGACUGCUUUGGGAAGAUGACCCAGUACGAGAAGGCAUACGGCGCCGGGGCCCGGUCUCGUGCCUCCCGGCUUACAUAUCCCGGAAUGUCGGUGCACGCGGUGGGCUCGCCCGCGCGCCGGAUAUUGAGGAGGAAUAUCCUGGUAUAGGUGGUUUGCCUCGGCAGGAAGACUUCGUGGACCGCACAACAUCAACGGUUCCGCAACUGAAGCAAUUUCAACGGCCACAUGGCUGGCAGGUUCCUGGUACAAUACCGUAUCUUCCUUGCGCCGCAACCAGGAACUCUUCUCUCGAACGUGUCCUUUGGGACCAUUACAUCAAUUGCUUUGCAAGAACAUAUCCAACGCACUCGGAAACAGACAAUCCGUUCCUGUCAUGCCUCGCUCCUGUUGCCGUCGAAUAUGAACCUGUUCGCUGGAUUCUGAUGGCUAUUGCAGGCCUGCAUGCCAGGUCAAGGAAUCUGCCUUCUUUGGAUCGCGAGGUCUCCCGUCUGCGACUUCGAGCAAUGAGACAUUGCCACCAGAUCUCCAGCCGCACUCCGAGACCUAAUCCCUCAGGGUCAGACUUAGAGAACCACGCGAUCACGAAUGGCAGCUUCUGGUUUCAGAUUACAAAUGUGGAAUCAGAUGAUCUAUGUCUGGUUACCACAGCUGUCUUGAUGGCAGUCUUCGGGAAGCUGUCCGGCGAAGUCUACGCCAAUAUUCGACCCUAUCUGGAAUUUGCGCAAGAGUUUUUGCGUCACGAAGGUGUUGCCGAUCAUAACGAAGAACCUGCUAGAACACCGCUCCAUCUAUUCCUUCACAACCUGGUUUCGUACAAUCAACUUUUGGCACUGGUAGCUGACACAAGAUUGACCUCAAGGUCCUGUGGUAGCUCUGAGUUUGCAUCCACAAAUACGUCGCAGGGGACGAGGCCGAACUUUGCGGCUUUACUCUAUCGGAUCAGCGAUAACGUCCAACACGUUUCAUCCUCUGACAUCGACUGCUGGGAUGGGAACUUGGAUUUUCUCCCAAGUUUCAGUAUGAAAAGAAAAGGUGCGCAGCACGUUCGCGGCUCCGACGUUGGCCUCACGCAAGAAUCGCCACCCCGCGAAGCAGGCAGGGGAAACGGUGCCAAGGGGUACGAAAAAUUGAUUAUAGGAGAGAUAUACCGCAUCUCGAGCCGAAUUCACUUCUUCAAGCAGCUCAGAGAUCGUGAUGGACUAUCCGAUACCACGACAACCCUUGCAUUUCCGCCAUUCAUGGCACACAAACAGAUUAAAAAAUAUUCAAAAUGCGCCAUACACCUUUUCCGCUUGUUGCCUGACGAUUCGCGAUUUAAUACGGCCAUACUCCUGCCUCUUGGAAUAAUUGCUCCCGAACUAAGUUCUGAACCAGAUCAGACGUUUGUCAUUGAAAAGCUGAAAAUGCUCGAAAAGACGCAGUGCUUUGAUGUCUUCCGUAUUUUCAGCCAGGAUCUUCAACACAGAUGGGCUCGUUCCCGCACUACUCAUUCAGCUCCUCUCCCAACCGCUUCUUCCGAAAGCCCCGUGAGGUUACUCGGUUGA